AUGAUGUUCUUUAUUGUACUGCUGAUCUUUCUGCCACUGUCCAAUGCGGACUAUACUCCCGAUUGGGAUUCCCUCGACAAAAGGGCUCUUCCUCGAUGGUAUGAUGCAUCAAAGUUUGGAAUUUUUAUGCAUUGGGGUGCUUACUCAGUGCCGGCGUUGAAAUCGGAAUGGAUGUGGUGGAAAUGGAAAGGGACCAACCCUGAUCCAGAAGUUGUUGAGUUCAUGGAGAAAAACUAUCAACCUGGAUUCUCAUAUGCCGACUUCGCCACUCAAUUUAGGGCGGAAUAUUUCAACGCAAGUCGUUUUGCUGAAGUUGUCCAGAAAGCGGGAGCCAAGUACUUCGUGUUCACUUCGAAACAUCACGAAGGAUACACCAUGUAUCCGUCCAAGUAUUCUUGGAAUUGGAAUUCCGUUGACGUGGGACCAAAGAGAGAUAUUGUCGGAGAGCUGAAACAAGCUUUCAGUCAGACUGACAUACAUUUCGGUCUUUAUUUCUCUCAGUUCGAGUUCUUCCAUCCGAUGUUUUUAGAGGAUGAAAAAAAGAAUACAACGACGUAUCCAGAGAACAUCUCGUAUCCCCAAAUGAUUGAAAUUGUGGAAAAAUACGAACCGGAAGUUAUUUGGAGUGAUGGAGACUGGGGAAAAACGGACAUCUACUGGAAAUCAAAGGAUUUCUUGGCGUGGUUGUACAAUUCCAGUCCAGUCAAAGACAAGGUCGUCGUCAACGACAGAUGGGGAGUCAAUACAUCUGGUCUUCACGGUGGAUUCAUGACUUAUGCUGACAACUACGAUCCAAAAGUUAUCCUCGGAGUCAAAUGGGAAAGUUGCGACAUGAUGGAUACGCAUUCUUGGGGACACCGAAGAAACAUGCGUCCAGAAGAGAUUCGUACUUCCUACGAAAUAAUUGAAAAACUCGCUCGCACCAUUGCAUGUAAUGGAAACCUCCUGCUCAACAUUGGACCUGACAUGCAUGGUCUCAUUCCGCCAAUUUUUGAAGAAAGAUUAGCUGAAGUUGGAAAAUUCUUAGAAUUGAACGGGAAAGCGGUUUAUGGAACCAUACCUUGGUUGUACCAAAACGACUCAAGUACAUGGUACACAUCGUCUCAUAAGUUCCAAUACAAAUCUGGACAUCCGUCAAACAUUGUCCAUGAAAACACGGACUUCAAUUCCCAGAAAAAAGAUAAAACGGUUAUAUAUGCUUUUGUCUUGGAUACAAACAAAGAUGUUUUCGAAUUUCCAUCCAUCAAAACUACUAAAGAAACCAACUUACGCAGGUACAUAAGUCACAUGAAAAAACUUCGCGAAAGGAAAAUUGUCAAAGAAGUGAACCGCCGUGGAUACUAA